AUGCCUCAUUUUCUCAUCUUCCUGGCAUCUGGGAAACUAAGCUGCUUUGGAAGUAAAACAACAUCCCAUGCAGAUAACCAGGACAUCAACCAAGGGGGCUUAUGGGAAGCAGGUGUCCACAUACGUUUGGUCAUAGUGUAUGUUCUAAAUGUAAUUCUAUGGUCCAUACAGGUUCAGUGCUAUAACACAGAAGAGGACCAAUGGCAGUAUGUGUCAUCCUGUCCCUUCUCUCAGAGAUGCAUCAAUGCCACCACACACAAUAACACCAUCUAUGUGGUGGGAGGACUCCUGGACCAGAUUUACAGCUACACACCAAAGACCGAUAACUGGAGCAAAGUGGUGGACUUACCAAUGAAGCUGGAGAGCUGUGGCCUGACUGUGUGUGAGGGGAAGGUCUACAUCGUCGGGGGGAGAGAUAGUUGUGCCUCGGCCACCGACCAGGUUUGGGCCUACAGUCCUGAGAGCGGCAAGCUGACAGACGAGAAGCCCAUGUCACGCAGUGUCAGCUACCACGGUUGUGUCACUGUCACCCAGUGGCCACCAAAGAAGACCCACUGAGGUGUAGGUGGAAGUUGCCACUAGACGCUGAUCAUGGGUCAGUUAUACUAAUGGUUAAAGGUAGUUUUGGGGGAGGAGAAGCUGAUCCUAGCUCUGUACCUAGGGGAAACUUCACCCCAGAACCUGGGCUGCUGCCUGAUGAUUGGCAGUUGACUGAAUCAUGUUCCCAUAGCCUGCUACUAUUGGAUGAAAGUACUUACAACUCCCUCCCCCAUCUAUAGACCACAAGAAUGAUAAGAGGCGACAAGAGACGGCCCAGACCUCACGUUUUGAGGUUGUUGCUUCAACGCCUUGUCAGUUUUGUAUUUAUGUAAUAUGUUGUUAGAUGCCAUUUAAUUGAGGAAGAGGCCCAGAACAUACACUACCGUUCAAAUGUUUGGGGUCACUUAAAAAUGCAAAUUUUUCGUCCAUUAAAAUAACAUCAAAUUGAUCAGAAAUACAUUGUAGACAUUGUUAAUGUUUUAAAUGAAUAUUGUAGCUGGAAACGGCAGAUUUUUUAAAUGGAAUAUCUACGUAGGCGUACGGAGGCC